CGACCGUGAGUGAGGAAGGCUGUGGUGUUGCGAGUGCUGAGCUGUGACCCGGUGCCGGCAGCCGUGAGGACAGCGCGGCGAGCACGGAGGCCGCCAUGGUCUCCAUUUUUAAAAUUCUUUAUGUACAAAGACUAGCAUGAUCUGUUUCACGGGUAGACAGUCUUGAAUAAUCCAUUCAAGGUUGCUGAGUCCAACUUAAUGAAGCCUAUGUCCUUCGCGUACUGAUGGAAAUACUGACGUCCCAUGUUCAACCCAUAUUUCCGGAUCAAACCGUGGUGGCUACAGCGAGAGCCCUGGCGGAACUUCUGCGGGAUGCGGUGACCUAUGAGGAUGUGCAUGUAAACUUAACUCAUGAAGAGUGGGCACUUCUGGAUCCUUCCCAGAAGAAUCUCUACAAAGAUGUGAUGCUGGAAAUCUACUGGAACCUCAUUUCUGUAGGCUACAAGUGGGAAGACCAUAAUAUUGAAGAAUAUUGCCAAAGUUCUAGAAGACAUGGAAGAUAUAUCAUCUUCCGAGACACAAAAGUAGCCAGUACUCAAGAGGAUCUUUAUGAAUAUAAACAAUAUGAUAAAACAUUUGGAUCUGCUUCCUCUUUAAAAGUACAACAAAAAAUUCAUUUGGAAGUUAAAAACUAUGAUUAUAAUAAAAGUAUUAAAGCUUUUCCAUGUCACAGUCUCGAUCAAAUACAUAUAACUCAUUCUAGAGAGAAAGCACAUGUAUAUCAUCAGUGUGAUACAGCCAUUGCACAUACCAGUUAUCUUCUAAUACAUGAAAGAACCAACACUGGAGAGAUACCUCAUAAAUGUAAUCAAUGUGGUAAAGCCUUUGUACUGAAGAAGAAUCUUCUCAGACAUGAAAGAAUUCAUACUGGAGAGAAACCCUAUGAAUGUAAUCAAUGUGGUAAGGCCUUUGGACAUAAAUGUGAUCUUCACAUACAUGAAAGAAGUCAUACUGGAGAGAAACCUUAUGGAUGCAAUCAGUGUGGUAAAGCCUUUGCACAGAAGAGUAAUCUUCUCACUCAUGAAAGAAGUCACAGUGGAGAGAAACCCUAUGAAUGUAAUCACUGUGGUAAAGCCUUUGGACGUAAAUGUGAUCUUCACAUACAUGAAAAAAGUCAUACUGGAGAGAAACCUUAUGGAUGCAAUCACUGUGGUAAAGCCUUUGUACGUAAACUUGAGCUUCAGAUACAUGAAAGAAGUCAUACUGGAGAGAGACCCUAUGGAUGUAAUCACUGUGGUAAAACCUUUGCAUGUAAAAGUAUUCUUCACAGGCAUGAAAGAAGACAUUCUGGAGAGAAACCCUAUGGAUGUAAUCAGUGUGGUAAAGCCUUUGCCUAUAAGAAUCAUCUUCAACUACAUGAAAGAAGUCAUACUGGAGAGAGACCCUAUGGAUGUAAUCACUGUGGUAAAACCUUUGCAUGUAAAAGUAAUCUUCAAAUACAUGAAAGAAGUCAUACUGGUGAGAAACACUAUGAAUGUAAUCAAUGUGGUAAAGCUUUUGCCUAUAAAAGUAAUCUUCAAACACAUGAAAGAAAUCAUACUGGAGAGAGACCCUAUGGUUGUAAUCACUGUGGUAAAACCUUUGCAUGUAAAAGUAAUCUUAAAAUACAUGAAAGGAGUCAUUCUGGAGAGAAACCCUAUGAAUGUACUCAGUGUAGUAAAGUCUUUGCAUAUAACAGUCAACUUCACAGGCAUGAAAAAAGUCAUAUUGGAGAGAAACCCUAUGAAUGUAAUCACUGUGGUAAAACCUUUGCUUGUAAAAGUAAUCUUCAAAUACAUGAAAGGAGCCAUACUGGAGAGAAACCUUAUGGAUAUAGUUAAUAUGGUAAAGUUGUUGGACAUACUGUAUUCUGAGAAUAUGGGAGUAUGGGAUAAUUUGAAUAAUAAAACCUAUUUACAAAUAAAAAUGAUAUUUAUGCUGUCA